CGUGUUACAUUGAAAUGUGAUAGGUGGUUGGCCGCAACGCAUUUCGAGGCAACUUGGGCGCGACGGGCGUUUCCAUGUUGGGACGAGCCGGCAUUAAAAGCCACUUUCAAUAUCUCCAUAAAACAUCGUCGAAACUACACAGCUGUGUCAAAUAUGCCGAUACGGGAUCAAUCGAACGACGAAGAUGAUAUGAUAUGGACACACUUUGACACCACUCCCGUCAUGUCCACCUAUCUCGUAGCAUUUGUAGUGUCCGAUUAUGUUCGAGUUCCUAACGCAGAUGAAACGCUCAACAUGUGGUGCAGAGCAGCAUUGGCACCGUAUUCAAAAUUUGCACAGGAGGUCGCUCAAAAGUCUAGAGAAAUAUUGAUAGAAUAUACUAAUAGCACCUAUCAAGUCCCGAAAGUGGAUCAUUUAGCAGUUCUAGAGCUGACAGCUGGCGCCAUGGAAAAUUGGGGACUCAUUAUUUAUCGUGAAAAGGACUUUGCAUACAAUGAAGAGAAACAUUCGCUGAGUCAUAAACAAAAUGUAGCAGUGACAGCAGCACAUGAAAUGGCGCAUCAAUGGUUUGGAAAUUUAGUUAGCCCGUUAUGGUGGUCUCACGUGUGGCUAAACGAAGGAUUUGCAUCAUUUUUCGAAGAAUAUAUUCUCAAUGAGAUUUUCAAAGAAUGGCGAACAAUGGACUUCUUUGUUAUCAAAACUCAACAUACAGCUCUUCAUAUUGACAUUGCUAAGUAUAUGAAGCCUAUUACAUUCGAAGCUAACACUCCUAACGAAAUUCAAUCACUUUUCUCUGGUGCCAGUUAUGGUAAAGCACCUGCUAUACUGCGCAUGUUACAGCAUACUAUUACCCCUGAGGUAUUUCGGAACGGUUUAAUUCAAUAUUUACACAAACAUCAGUUUAGUUCGGCUACUUCCGACGACUUGUGGAACGCCCUGCAAGCAGCCCUUGAUGAAUCAAAUGUUCCACAUAAUGCUUACAAAUUGAAAGAAGUAAUGGACACCUGGUUAAAACAAAGACAUUAUCCUCUGGUACGCGUGACCCGAAAUUAUGACACCGGCGAAACAAUACUAACGCAAGAACAUUUUCGUCCAAAAAACGAAAAUAUCGACAGGGAUAAAUGGUGGAUACCUUUAAGUUUUGCUACGCAAACGAAUCCCGACUUUUCCAAUACUCUGCCCACACAUUGGCUGAGACCACAAGAUAAAAAUAUAAGUAUUGAUGGCAUCGACCCAGAUGAUUGGGUUAUAGUCAAUGUACAACAAAUGGGAUACUAUCGCGUUAAUUACGACGAUACGAACUGGCGAAAAAUUGUGAGUUAUCUCAAUUCUGACAAUUAUACAAAAAUACACGUGCUUAAUCGAGCUCAAAUCAUUGAUGAUGCAUUUCAUCUUAUGAUAACACAGCAUCUCGAUAUUGAGAUGUUUAAGGAUCUCGCAAAUUACCUGUCUCGGGAAACAGAUAUUGUAGGGUUAUACCCUAUGUUCAAUGUAUUAGACCUCACACGGGAAUUUUAUCAAUAUCCAGAACUGGAUUACUUCAAGCAAUAUGUACUGCACAUUUUGGAUGAACUUAUUAAAAACGUAGGAUAUGAAGGAGAUCCUAUCGAGGAUGAUCUUACAAAACUUAAGAGAUCCAACAUUCUAGAAUGGGCAUGUAAUUUUGGACAUUCUGAGUGCAAAAGAAUGGCCUCUGUUAAAUUAAACAAAUUUCUUGCAGAUACUGGAACACACAAAGUACCCUCAGACUUAACAGAAUGGAUGUAUUGUAAUGGUAUAAAGGGAGCCAACGUGUCUACUUGGAAUAAAUUAAUGGAUGUAUAUUUAACAAAUCAAGAUUUAGAGAGAGAGAGAGAGAGAGAGAUAUUAGAAUACUUGACAUGUUCUGAAAAUCCUGAUAUAAUAAUCAAUUUUAUAAAUACAAGUGUUUCAAAUUACUCCGCCGACGAUUACUAUGACAUUAUUACAAAUAUUGUUGAUAAACAUUCAGAUAACGACGCAGUACUGGACUAUAUGUUAGCAAAUUUAGAAGAAAUAACCCCAAAGAAUAUCGAUAAGUCGGAAAAACUACUAAUGUUUAUUAUCCACAGCGUUCAUUCUCGUGAACGAUUGGACAAGAUCAAGGAAUUCGUGAAAAGUGAAUACGAAGACACAAAGUCCAAAAAGAUUCAGCACUUGAUAGAACACCGAAAAUCUAUACUGACGAAUUAUUUUAAUGAGUUUCCAUUCUAUUCCAACCGUGUACAGUAAAACAAACUUAUCGAGAAUUGUUUUGCUAUCUCUGCUGGUAUUGGGUCACGGAGGAGACAGCUCCUUCACUAUUCUAAGGUGCUGUACCAAUCACGUGCAUACCUGAAUGUAAAGUGAUCAAAAGCAAGCAUUGUCACUCUGCUUUCAGAUGGGAAAUGAGCUACGUGAAGUGAAUUUCACUGAUAUUUCCUCUACACUGAAAGAUAGAAGAGACCUUGGACAAAGUCAAAUUAAGUUAUAAUAAAAGAAAAUAUAUAUAACACAAAUAAAUCUGUAUCUACCGGUA